UUUCUCUCUGUGUGAUCAAGUCAAGAUUGGCAAAUUGCAAAUCGGACUCCUUCGGAUCUUGAAAUGCCCGUCCAAGUCUCUGUGGUGAUCCCCUUCUAGCUGGCUCAAGAAAUGGAACCGACCAGGGAGGGUGAUGACUUGGGAAAAAUCACGCCGCCCAAGACUCCCAAUCUCCAACAACCUGAGAAGACGUUCCCUGAAUUGAUGAAAUUGAUCCAUACCUUGGAUGACGUGUCCCGUCCUUCUAAGAUGGAUCCAGAGCGCAAAUCGGGCGAACCAGAGGAUGACGACCAAAUCCAGAGCAAAGUGGUGGCCAAUGUCAUCGCCUCUCUGGAGGAUGAGGACAAUGGGACCGAUGAAUUACCAGCCCAAGACUCCGAAUUUAGACCCACGCUUGAGAACAAGAUUGAGCAGCCCUUGAUAUUAGAUAUCGAUCCAAGAGCCACUGAGCACGAUAUGAGUGAGGAUUGGAAGUUAGAUGCCGGUCCAAGCGACACCCCAGAAGAGACAUUUGGAGAUCAGGAUGUUCCCAUGGCUAAAGAAUCGGUCCCAGAGCAAGAAAUGGAGUGUCAAUCUGAAUCAUCGCAUGUUCCCGUAGAACUGGGUGAUGUGACAAAAGCAAAAGUGAGGAAUGAACAAAAUCAAAAUGAACUUGUUACAAAACACAGUCAAGCCUCUGACCUGGAACGAACCGGUCUUUGUAAGGAAGUAGCCAGCAUCAUACCCGACCAUGACACAGGUCCAUCAAAAUUGAACAACGAGAAUGUAGAGGUGAUCGCCCAAUUUAUUAAAGAUACUCAACCAGAGAAGAAGAAACCAUUGAAAUUAAAGAAAACGGGCAAUCGACAGUCAAAGUCUAAAAAGGUGGCAAAACCAUUGCAGAAUGUGGAUUUCCAAAAGAAGCGUGGGGUGCAAGUGAAGCCCAUUCAAAACUGGCGGAAAGUGAUCAAAUUCCCUCAAUCCACACAAGAGCGCCAAAUCCAUGAGCAAUUGUUCAAGAGUCCAUUGCCUACUUAUAUUCCGUGUGUUCCAAAGGGAACGUCACAACGACUCAUUGCCACUUUGAGUGCCAAGGAUGUGGAGCAGCUCUGUUGCCCUGGUUGCAAAGACAGAUUCCUACUUCCUCACACGUUCUUCCAGCAUGUCUACAGAAAGAGCAUUGGCAUCAGUUUCAAUUGUCAGUUGUGUCAAAAGAGGCUGUCUUUCAAUAAUCAUUGUCAUUUGAAGAUGCACGUGAUGAGUCAUUUGGAGAAUGAUGGCGUGUCUGUGGUGGCCUCUGAAGGCGUGAAUAUUGUCCCAUUGGGAUCGAAAGAGCUACAAGUGGGUUUUUUUGACGAUAAUUGCUCAUCAGAGUUGGACAAUGUCUAUAGAGAGACCUUCCGGAACGACCCGAACAUGGAUCAGUGUUCAGAGUGCAGACUGUCCAUCGAAAAGAACCAACUUCAAGCUCAUUUUCUGCUGGGAAACGUCAAUUUCUUCAAAGAAUGUGGAGAAUGUUCUCAAGUGUUACCCAACCAAUGCUCACUUUCCGCUCACGAGCGGAUUCAUCGCCGUGAGAAACCGUAUUCUUGUCCAGAGUGUGGAACUGAUUUUCAAACGUGGAACACCUUUCAACACCAUGUGCAAAAAUCUUGUCUUCAUGAAUACAAAGUGUGGACUUUUGAGUGCAAGCUCUGCGUCCAAAAGGGCGUUGGACCCUCUGAGGCCUUGAUCAAGGCCCAAAAUCUCGUAGGACACGUGAUUGAUCAUCAUAUCAAGCUGUAUUACAAGUGCACCAGUUGCUCCAAAGCAUUUGAUUCGAAAGAUGCCAUUUACAAACAUCGAGAUGAAGUUCAUGGGGCCAGUACAAAUCAUCAAGCGGAUUUCUCGAUCCUUUACAAAGCCAAUUUCUUGCGGAAAAACAACAUUUUCAUGUCCAUCGACGCUCUUGAACGAAAAAUGGAGACCUUGAGCCGAGAUUGGUUCAAGGAUUUUGUGUUCCAGUGCCCUUCCUGCUGCGAAUUCUUUGAAGACGGCCCAGCCUUAGAUGAGCACAACGCUCAAUGGUGUCAGAUGCAACAGUUCAAAGAGAACGAAAACUGGUGUCGUUCCAAAUUGUUCCCACCGCCAAAAGAUGCUAAACUGACCGAGAAGAAGCUCAAAUUGGAGGAGUGUUGGAGAAUCCUCCAAGAAAUCUGUCCCAAAGGCUGUGCACAAUGCCACGAGACAUUAGUCACACUCAAAGGGCAUCUAGGGACUCAUUUGGAUCUCGAAGGCUCAAACCUAGAACUGACCGCAAUUCCUCCACCAUCUUUGCUUUCUCCAAUGGUCGAACGAAGGGUGUCCUCUGUUCAUUCUGAACCCGAUGAAGAGCCUCCAGAGCCAAAGCGUCGGAAGACUCGUUCUGCCGUGGCAGCUAAUUUAGAAUCUCCUCGACUUUCCAAUCCGGAACCACUGGAACCACAAGCUCCUGUGGCAGAGCCCGAAAUUGAAUGCCCCAAGCAAAUUCUUCUACCAGCUGUUGAGGUGAAGAGUGAAGCCCUUGAAUCACCAAAACCAUUAGUAUCCAUCAAGGACAAGAGAAGUCCCGCUUUUCUCUUGAAGAAGAAAAUCAAGAGUAAGAUAGCUAAGAAGAGUGAAAUCAAGCCAUUUGUAGAGAGUUUAGGGCUGGAUAUGCCAUCCUCGAGAAAUCUGAUGGCCAUCAAUCGUCUGAGCAAAAAAGCAUUGGCCGUUGGGUCGUCAGUGUCAGACACGAAGAAUAGUACGUCGAAUGUGGGAAACCACACUAACAUGUCCAAGUUCAAGUGUGCUUUGUGUGAUUUUGAUUCCGAAUUUGAGGACAGCUUUGUAUCCCAUAUUCGGAUUCAUCGCCCGUCCAAUGUCGAUAUUGGGGACUAUUUUCAAUGCAAACAGUGUGGGAUGUGCUUUGCUUCUGAACCAGCGUGGAGAAAGCAUUUGUUUCUCCUACAUAGGAUCAAGCGACCCGACCCAGAGGAUUAUUGCGAACCUUUGGAAUAUGCCGACGAUGGGCCGAGUGAUAUAGUCCAAAAUGAGCCUGCCCUAAAACCCAGACAGAAUGUUUGUCAAGUGUGCUCCAAGGCCUUCGCAAGCCCUGUCGAACUUCGAAGACACUUCCGAAGUCAUGGAAUGGCAUUUUUACAGACCGGUGUCCAGUAGUUCCAAGGUGCUGUGGUUUCAAAGUUCUCGGUGAAACCCAUCAACAUAAAGAAGUGCUCAGUAACCUUCAUUUUCAGGGACCUUCUCUUUUUAUUUUUACGUGAUGAAAAUAAAUGUUGUCAAUAAUUAAA